AUGGGCGGCGGCGGCGGGCGCGGCCCCGCUCGCCCGCAGGUCGGGGGCUGCCGGCAGGAGAGGGCUCCGCUUGGCCGCCGCGGGGCUCAGCGCCGCGCUGGGCGCAUGGUCCCGGCCCCCGGCCCGGGCGCCGCCUGCGAGCGGGGAGAGAGCGUGGUUAGCGGCGAGCCCCGCGAGAGGCGCUCCCGACGCAGAGCGCGUUUCUGGCGAUCCCGCUUCGGAACUUCCCAGCAUCCAGAGGAGGGACGCGAGGCGAGAGAUCACCUCCCGGCGGAGCGGGGGAGGGACAUCUCCUCCCCCCCGCCGCCCAGCCUGUCCUCGGCUCCUCUCCGCCGGGGACUCGGCGGAGGCGGCGUCCCGAGACGGUGGUCUCGCUUUGUCGCAAAGGCGAACCCGCUGAUGCCCCGCUCCCUCGGCCGGGGCAGGCGAGCCCGGCCGGCGGCUCUGGGACUUUUGGGGCGGGAGGAGGUCGUGGGGGAGAGCCGAGCGCGUAAAGGCAAAAAUCCCUUUCAUGACCAAGGAAGGAGGCAACAACAUUUUUACAGCCCUGAGAAGUGCCUGUUACUAGAAAUGAUUUUCACUUUGUUCCUGAAAAGCACGCCAAGUUUACUGGUGUUUGCUGGUGAUGUUACAAAUAGAAGCAGGCCCGGCAGGAGGGAGCAUGAGCUUUCCAGUGGAACCUGUGACAGCAGGGACCUGCUCCAGUUUGAAGUUCAUGCAAUGGUGUGAAACUGUCGCUCAGCCUGUGAGAAGGGUGCUCCCCUGGCAGCAGAGGGGGGGUACGUGCUGCACCUCCUGGGAUGCGGUAAGCUUUGAGGGCACAGCCAGCCUGGGUGGUUCAGAAGUGCACACCCUGUGAAGUCAGGCAGGAUGAGACCUUGGGAGUGGUGCUUGGUGCUGUCCCUGCAGCAGUGGGAAGCCAUGGCUUUCAGGAGGGCUUCUGGAGCUGUGGCAGCAGCAGCAGCAGGGGCCUGAGCUUUGCUCCCCGACUGCCACAUAACAAAGUGCCCAGAGGGAUCCUGAAGGUGUCCCUGCUGCUGGCGCCACCUCGGUGUGGUGAAGCCCAGGGCCCUGGUUUCACCUGCCAGAGUCACACAGGUACUUUCACUGCAGAAUAAAUGCAGCACUGCCAAAGAAACACACGGCUUUUCCUGCAUCAUUUCCACAAAGUCGUGAGUUAGAAUCUUGGUUGUAUUGAAACAGAACUCACCCAGUUCUAACAAUUCAAGCUUUUGUCCCCGGACUGGACAAGGCCUGCUAGGCACUGUGCAGGUACUAACCACUGCUGCUCUUCUCUUCACAGCCCAUGGUGUCACCUUUCAGCCUUACCAGUCUUACUUCAAAUCUUUCUCAAACAAAUAUGGCCAUAUAAAGCCAGUCAAUUGUAACCCCAUGCAGCCAAAACUAGAGCGUGUUUCUUUCAGUAUUAAAAUACAAAUAUAUGCUCUAGAAAGGCAAUUUCUCUGUCAUUUUUCUGACCUCUGCUUAUGAGGAAUUUUCCAUGAAUUUUAUUUGCUCUGUGCUUCUACUCUGGAUAGGAAAUCCUUUUGUCUUAAUCUAGUUCUAAAUUUUGUGGAACUCGCCACCACUUUGUUACUCCAUCACUAAUGCCAGGGUUUUACCUGUAGGAAAAAUGGCAUGGGGGAAAGGGAAUUCUGUUAACACAUGUUCUUGGAAAAUAACAAAUGAACCUAUACUGAAGCCAGUCAGUAUUAAAAAUUACAUAAUAAACUUUUAAAAGUAUAUGAAGCCUUAUGUCACUUAUAACAACCAAACAAAUAUUGUUACUUAUAACAACCAAAUAAUUAAGGGUCCAGGAAUUUUUUUUCCUAGCAUUUGUUUAUUAUUCAAUAAAAAUCAUCACUUUGUCUUAACUAAAGCAAAUGAAGACCACUCCUGCAGCAUAGCUCUGAUGCAGUGUAACUCCUCCAGAUGCUAGCUUCACAAACACAGUACUUAGCAUAUUAUUUGUUUAAAAAAAUCAAACACAUUUGAAUGAGAAACUAGCAGUGUUUAAGACAAGAAACCUCAGCAGUGUUUAAAAAACUUGGUGCUAAUGACUAGGAUUGUUUAAGAAACACUAAUCUUUGGAUGAAACUAUUAAGCUCUGUUUUGUUACCAUUAGUGAGUAGGAAAUACAUGUUUAUACAGGAGGGUCAUGCUUCAAUAGUUUAAUCUUUUACUUAGGUUAAUUUUUAUUCAACAUGCUAAUGGCUUAGUGCAAUUACUUUUCACCGUUCUUUGAAGUUUUCUCCGUAACUUUCAUGGUCAACAUUUUAUUAGUUUUAGCAGAAGAGAUGCUAAAAACCAGUUCUUGCAGAAUUUUUUAAUCAUCUCACAUUUUCCUGGUAGGGGGAUUCUUUUGCUGAGUAAUCAAACUUUGGUAGCAGUCAAAACUGGUCUUAUUUAAAAGGUAAACUGCCUCUGACUUGACACUGUUUUUCAUCUUGACAAGCAGUAAAGCUGAAUAUAAGCACAACCUUUUUCUGUAUUUAUGUUUGAUAAAGACCAGUUGGCAAAGCUUCUUAGUUGUAUUGCCUGUGCCAACAUCUUGUGUUGUCUCCAUACAACGAAGAACUGUGUGAUACAUACACCUACAUCAUGACCUUUAAUAAAGUGGCAUGCCAGCCCAUAAGCUUCUACUCCCCCAGAAGCCAGGAGAUGCAAAAUUGCUGACCAAACAUGCUGAUUAGUUCAUGCAGCUUCCACACACCUCCCAUGGUCUGAUCUGCAGUGUUCCAACAGCUGUAGUUAUACACAGUGGAACUAACAUUCUGUAUCAAUUGUAUUUAAAGUUUCAGGUAAUUCCGUGCAAAUUGCCCAGUAAAUCAUAAUUCAUCAUGUUUGCUUUUGUAGAAGUACCAAAAGAUAACAGCUGAAAUAACAGGCUCAUUUCAUAAGAGGUACCAGAAAGAUAUAUAAAUAAGUAAUUAUGUUAUUUCUCCAAACAGCUUAUUAUUUUUAGCAUUACAGGGUUGAUUAAUUACAAAGUAGAGAUUAAAAUCUCAUACACAGUGUACAUUUAGAAAUUGUGUGUGAAUUACUCUAUAUAGAGAAUAAGAGCUCCUAUAUACAGACUACAUACUACUGAAGGCUAACAGAAACAUCAAAAAUGGUUUUAUCUGAAUUUUAAGAGUAUUUUGCACAGUUGUGCUCCUACAUUAAAAAAAAAAAGGAGAAA